AAUUUACCAAUCUAAACAUGUUUUCAGUCUCUUGUUGUGAAGAGUGUGUAUUUAAAAACAAAAGGGCAAAUCAUAAGCCCUACCCACUCGCCCUGCCUCAGUUGCGACGAUUUUUCUUUGUUCGUCGCGAGCAAGGGGGGGGAGCUUAAUAGCAUAAUCCUUAUGUUACGAAAAAUUACCAGUGAAAUAUGUUCUUAAGUAAUUGUGUUUUUCAAAGAAAGCUAAGUACUACGUAAAGUACUAAGUAAAAGAAAGCCCCACCCAUGUCUCGAUCUCAGUCAUGAUGAGUUUUUCAUUCGUUGUCGGUCCGAAAGGCGGAGCGUGCUGCAAAAUUCAUAUUCGUACAAAAAUGUACCAUUGUAAACAUGUUUUGAGUUUGUCGUUGGGCCAAGAAGACUACGUAUAUUAAGAAAAAAAGGCAAAAUGUAAUGAGGAGAAUCGCGUGAUUAAUAUUGUCAAACGCCUUUGAAAAAUCGAAAUAUAUAACGUUCACCUGCCUACCUCUAUCUUAGCAGAUAUAAAUUUGGUUUUACACAAAAGUAACAGUAGACCUCUUAGUUGUAAAACUGUGUUGAGCAUCACUUCAGAAAUUAAAAGUGUGAAAAUAAAGUCAAUUCACAAUUUUUGACAAAUUUUCGUCUAGUCAGAUUACCGUCGAUUUUUAAGUUUGAGUUGAAAAUGCGACGAUCAAAGACAAAUUUUCACAAAUUCAUGGCUGUUUGUGAUCGUAUUUUUAUCGCUCUCUCAGCAAAAAAUCAGUAUUAUUAUAAAUAUAGGAAUAUGGUUUACAACCUACCUCAAAGUAUCUUAUGCACAGUUGGAAUAGUGAUCCAAAUAAGAUUGACAAAAACCAUUCAAGUGGUCGAAGAAAAAUGUUGCUUAGUCUAGAAACAAAUACACACCAAGACCUUACAUGCCUAAGAUUGGCUCAUUUAAGCCUUUGGGUGCUAAAUAAAUCAACGAAUAUGUCCUCAACGAUUAGUCAAAAGAAAUUUCCACACGAUAGCAGACUUGAUUAGCCCCGUCCUUUGCCUCCUAUCAUUAUCAAUCACUCCACCAUUUUUAUCCAUCAAAUCUAAUAAAAAAAGCAAGUUCAUUGACAAAUCGUACGUCAACAAUCAAACCUAGAUUAUAACAUAAUCUGCGUAUCGUCCGCCACAAGCCAAAACAAUCGCCCUCCGCGCAUCACCCUACCAAACCGCCCGAAAACCGCGCCACCUUUGACCCCUGACCCGAAAAGCCCCGCUGGACCCAUCCAGCUGCCAACCGCUGCCCACCAGCAUUCCGCGGAAAACCGCAUCUUCGCGACCGGAACAAAGACCGCCCGCAUCGACCCCUCUCGGGUCAAGCGUUAUCGGCCCAAAGCCUUAUAUAAACGCGCGCCGCGGCCCCGGCCAGUGCCGAACAUGAGCACAGUGCGACCGGCGGGAAACCCGACGCAAUGAGGACCUUCGAGAGCAUGGCGAGCACCGCGCGGCUGCUGGUGAGGGCCCUGCGGAUCUACUGGAAGGCCAUCUUCGUGGUGGUCUACCCCCUGGUGCUGCUGCCGGUGUUCCUGCACGACAAUGUGGCGGCGCUGCGCUGCCUCUACGUGGUGCUGCUGAUGGCGGGCUACUGGGUGUUCGAGGCGCUGCCGCUGCCCGUCACCUCGCUCAUCCCGAUGGUGCUGUUCCCGCUGAUGGGCAUCCUGGACUCGGACAAGACGUCGCUGUGCUACCUGAAGGAGACCAACAUGAUGUUCGUCGGGGGGCUGGUGAUCGCCAUCGCUGUGGAGUACUGCAAUCUGCACACCAGGGUGGCGUUGUAUGUUAUACAGUUGGUCGGCUGCAGCCCGCGCCGCCUCAAUUUUGGUCUCGUCACGGUCACCAUGUUCGUCUCAAUGUGGAUUUCCAAUACAGCCGCCACCGCCAUGAUGAUACCAAUAAUAGAGGCAACACUCAAAGAACUCGAAACACAAGGUAUAGGGGAAAUGUACGAAUCCAUUCCAGUCGACGAUAACGACAAAAUCGAAAGCGCCCCACAGCCAGACCCUGAACACAAGAGACCCACAAAAACCACCAUGUGUUAUUUCAUAAGCACGGCAUAUGCAGCAAGUAUAGGUGGGAUGGGGUGUAUCGUGGGCAGUGGCACCAACUUAACAUUCAAAGGGAUCUACGAGACGAGGUUCCCGGACAGUCCUGGAGUUGAGUUCGCCAAAUGGAUCAUGCUGAACGUCCCAAUGAUGGUAAUAAUGAUGUACAUUUCCCUCAUGUGGUUGCAAAUGAUCUUCAUGGGCCUCUUCCGACCCAAUUCCAACGAUGCAAAGAAGAUCAGAGUUGGUACUCAGGGUGAAGCUGUUGCCCGCAAACUUAUUCGUUCCAAAAUCAACGAAAUGGGACCGAUGUCGUUCCACGAAUGCGCAGUAGCUGCACUUUUCACCCUUUCUGUGCUUCUUUGGUUCUUCAGGAAACCCCAGUUCAUAGCUGGAUGGGCGGAAAUGAUCACCCAGCAUAAAGUGAAAGACGCUACUGCAGCCCUCAUUGUUGUUUUGCUCUUGUUUGUUGUACCAGCACGUCCAGAUUUUAUAUACAUUUUUAGUAAAGAUGAGAGUAAGAGACCCAAGGUAGCAUCGCCUGCUCUUAUUACGUGGAAAGUGGUUCAGCAGAAACUACCAUGGGGGUUGAUUUUCCUGUUAGGUGGCGGGUUUGCGCUUGCUGAAGCCUCCAAAGAGAGUAAAAUGAGUGAACUAAUUGCUCACCAUUUACAUGGGAUUGCGACCCUACCGAAGUUCGCUGUGAUGGCGAUAUCGUGCAUUUUUGCCACGGUUUUGACGCAGUUCUCGAGUAAUGUGGCUGUGGCGAAUGUCCUGCUUCCGGUACUGGCAGAAAUGGCAAAAGUUGGCAAGGUGCACCCCCUUUACCUCAUGCUGCCGACUUCACUGUGCUGUUCCUUCGCAUACUGCCUUCCAGUCUCCACCCCCCCGAAUGCCAUAGCGGCAGCUCCAUGCAACAUGGCGUCAACCGAGAUGGCGAAGGCCGGUUUAGGAGUGGCGAUAAUUUCCCUCCUAGUCUUAUUUGCGAUUUUCCCGACCUUGGGAGGGGUGAUUUACACAGAUUUGUCAAGUUAUCCGGCAUGGGUGGAGACGUAAAAGUACAAAAAAAUUUUAAGACUGGUGACUUUUUAUGGAGGGGGCUUGAAGGUCUUCUCAAUUGGUAUUGUUAAGUAUCUCGGUUAGGGAAAUUAAAUCACGUCGCGUGGUAUUAUUUUUGGAUUUGUGUUGACGUCACGGUGUAAUUAACCCGGGAUUGAACACGUAAUUAUUAUUAAUUUGUUCAAUGACGAUGUAUUAUAUUUAUAGUAUGAUUCUGAUUAUUUAAUAAAAUGUACAUAUUUUUUA